AUGCGCCGUGAUGUGCAGAUAUUGUGCGCAUUACAGUUCAUCAAUCUUGCUACUUGCCCUGCGCUGCUUUCCGCCUUCUUCCUAGUAUCCCCUGCGCUCCCUUCUAUCCACCUCUUUGCCAUCCCCCUUGCCUCUCCUCAGGAUUCUGCUCCCGCAAGACACGUGUCGCCCGGCGACGGAAGCCCUUCAUCGCCGCAUUCCCCGGGUGCGCGUCGCAUCGCUACAGCUUCAAGGAUCGCCGCAUUCAUCGGGUGCGUCGCUCUGCUCGGCGCGCUCUGCCUCCUCGCGCCGCGCCGAACCGCCUUGGAGACACGUGCUGACGAUGCCGUCGAGAUUAGCAGCAGCAGAAGCGCGGCUGUUCGCUUCUUCGCGUUCGGCGACUGGGGUCGCAACGGCACGUUCAACCAGUCGCUCAUCGCACAGCAGGUGCGACGCACGCCCUUUCUCAUCGUCCUUCACGCUAUGGGUGCAGUGGGGCAACAAAUGGUCCCUCAGUUUGUGGUGUCGGUGGGGGACAACUUCUAUGACGAGGGGCUGACAAACGUGAACGAUGACAAGUUUGCGCGCUCCUUCACCAACAUCUACACGCACCGCAGCCUGCAGGGACGCACUGCGCACUUCUUCUGGACCUGUGUGAGCAGCGGUGGCGUUCAUGAGAGCUUUUGUUGCAAUACGCCAUCACUCCAUGUGCGAGCAAUCCUUUAA